CCAAAAUACACAAAGCUGAGUAGCGUUCAAAGUUUUCUCACAACAACCUUCGUUUUCCUAUUCACUCACGCGCCUCUCACCCUUUCAUACGUUUCAUCAUUUUCUCUCUUUCAUUCUCCCUAGAAACCGUUUCGUUUUUCUCCUCACUUCAACUUCCCUAUAAACCAAUGUCCUAUUCCUAAACCCUACACACUCUCGCACACAACGCAACCCAACCCAACCCAACCCAUUUUCUUCUCACCAUGCCUUUUCCUUGGAAGAAAAAAAACCGAGUCACCCGAAUUUCACAAAUCGUCGCUGAUCUUCAAUCGCCAAAACGCGGUCGUUCGCUUUUCGUUGAAACCGGUUUCCCCACUUCCCUCAUCGAUCUCUUCGUUAAAAACCGUAACCGCUUCAAGAAAUCCAGAUUCAAAAAACCGGUUCACUCCGAAAACAUUGAUCCGUCACCCUCAUCGUCACCGCCUCCACCGCCGCCGUCGUCACCGAUCACAUCUCCGUCACCGAUUCAUGAAGUUUCAUCCGGAGAGGUUCCGACACCGAAUUCUCUUAUCGGAGAAAACACCGAUGAAGCCGCCGUCGGUGAGGCUCCUCCGGUUGAAAAACUAACUUCCGCGUUUCGUUCAAAGGCGAUCAUCGUGAAAACGUUGACGGUUAUUGUUUUAGCCGCGAGUGUGAAGGAGUUAACGGUUGCGAUCACGGUGUCGGCGUUUGCGCUUCUGUUUCUCGAAAACGCAUUAAAACGCGCCGUUUCGUGUUUAAAGCCUUGUUCUAAUGCUAGCGUCGUAGAAAUCGAAUCUCGUUUCCAGAAGAUUCUGUUUCGUGUUAAAGAAAAUGAGAUUCAACAACCGGUAAAGGUUUUCAAUGAAGUUGAAUUGUUGAAUUUGAAUCGUUGUUGUGUGAACGAUGAAAUUGAAGCUGUGGAAGAAGAAAAGAGUGAGGAGUUAGGGAUUUGUUGCGAAUUGGAAGAUUCGUUUGUUUCUGAGUGCAAAAUUAAAGGGAAAGGUAGUCGUAGCGGUAGGUUCAAGGCAACGAUGGUGAAGAAGCUUCAGAAGUUUCGUUCUAAGAAAGAGAAAAAGGAAGAAGAAAAGGGAAUGAGUAAUAAUAAUAGUUAUAAAGAGAAUGAGGUUGAAGAUAAAGAAGUGAUUAUUAUUAGAAGUGAAGUAAGAGAUGAUUGUGGAAUCGCUUAUUCGAGAGAAUCGAUUAUUGCUGGGAAUUCUGGUUAUGCAAUUCUGGUUAUGAUUGUACUCGUUGGGCUUAUUGUGGGGCGUUUACAAGCAUUGGUUCUAACAAUUGGAUGGUGUUUCUUAGUUAAGAUAGUUAAAGUUAUAUGGAGAUCAAAGAAUGGGUCUUGAAUGAUUCAAUUGAAUGGUUUGAAGCAUUGAAAUUGUGAAACUCCAACCGUUUGUUGGAAAUCCCCAACUUGAUGAGUUGUAUUUUUUAGAUGUAACUAUGGAUACUGGAUAGAUACUAAUUACUACAGUGGAUAGUGAAUAAUAACACUCCUUUCUUUUUUAUAUAA